AUGGCUGUUUCAAUGAAAGAUUUGGAUCCAGCUUUCAAAGGAGCUGGACAGAAGGAUGGACUUGAAAUUUGGCGUAUUGAGAAUUUUAAUCCAGUUCCCAUCCCUGAGUCUUCUCAUGGGAAGUUUUACACUGGUGACUCAUAUGUGAUCUUAAAGACAACUGCUUCAAAAAGCGGUGCUCUACGCCAUGAUAUCCAUUUCUGGCUUGGAAAAGACACCAGUCAGGAUGAAGCUGGUACUGCAGCUAUAAAAACAGUUGAGUUGGAUGCAACUCUAGGAGGACGUGCUGUUCAGUAUCGUGAGGUGCAAGGUCACGAAACUGAAAAGUUCCUGUCUUAUUUCAAACCAUGCAUUAUACCACAAGAAGGUGGAAUUGCCUCUGGUUUCAACCAUGCUGAGGCUGAAGAAUAUAAGACACGGUUGUUUGAGGUCAAAGGAAAACAUGUUGUACACGUUAGAGAGGUUCCUUUUGCUCGAUCUUCUCUCAACCAUGAUGAUGUUUUUAUUCUGGAUACUGAGUCCAAAAUCUUCCAAUUUAAUGGUUCCACUUCAUCUAUUCAAGAAAGGGCUAAAGCAUUGGAAGUUGUGCAGUAUAUUAAGGAUACUUACCAUGAUGGCAAAUGUGACAUAGCUGCUAUUGAGGAUGGAAAGUUGAUGGCUGAUGCUGAAAGUGGAGAAUUCUGGGCUUUAUUUGGAGGCUUUGCUCCUCUUCCACGAAAAGGCGCUAGUGAUGAUGCUAAACAUGGUUCUCAUCCUCUAAAGCUGCUUCGUGUUGAAAAAGGGAAGGCAGAACCCAUUGAAGCUGAUUCUUUGACAAGGGAGUUACUUGAAACAAAAAAAUGCUAUAUUCUAGAUUGUGGGUUGGAAGUGUUUAUAUGGAUGGGAAGAAACACUUCUCUUGAUGCAAGAAAAAGUGCAGGUGUAUCUGCAGAAGAGUUACUCAAUAGCACCGACCGACCGAAAUCCCAGAUAAUUCGUAUAAUUGAAGGAUUUGAAACAGUGAUGUUCAAGUCCAAGUUUGAUUCUUGGCCUGAGACAACUAAUGUGCAAAAUUCCGAAGAUGGACGCGGCAAGGUGGCAGCACUUCUAAAACGUCAAGGAGUGGAUGUAAAGGGUCUAUUGAAAGCUGAGCCAGUAAAAGAAGAACCUAAACCGCACAUUGAUUGCACAGGACAUUUGCAGGUUUGGCGCGUAAACGGUCAGGAAAAAAUUUCCCUACCAGACUCUGAACUUUCAAAGUUUUAUAGUGGAGAUUGCUAUAUAUUUCAGUAUACAUAUAACGGAGAUGAUAGGGAAGAGUGUCUCAUAGGAGCAUGGAUGGGAAAUAAUAGUGUUGAGGGAGAUAGAACUACAGCUCUUUCAAUGGGCUGCAAAAUGGUUGAGUCAAUGAAGUUUAUCCCUUCCAUGGCACGUAUCUAUGAGGGUAGUGAACCAAUUCAAUUUCAUGCUAUCAUGCAAACUUUCAUCGUUUUUAAGGGUGGACUUAGUGAUGGAUACAAGAAUCACAUUGCAGAAAAGGGAAUUCCAGACGAGACAUACAAAGAGGCUGGUGUUGCAUUAUUCCGCAUCCAGGGCUCUGAUCCGGAAAAUAUGCAAGCUAUACAAGUUGAACCAGUUGCUUCCUCCUUGAAUUCCUCCCAUUGCUACAUACUUCAUAGCGAAACCGCCCUCUUUAGUUGGUCUGGAAGUCUAACAACAUCAGAAGACCAUGAACUUGUUGAGAGAAUGCUGGAUUUCAUAAAGCCAGAGUUACAACCCAAAUCACAUAAGGAAGGUAUAGAAUCUGAACAGUUUUGGGAAUUAUUGGGAGGAAAAACAGAAUAUCCAAGUCAAAAGAUUGUGAGGGGCAAGGAGCAUGACCCUCACCUAUUUUCUUGUACCUACACUGACUUAUCUGUGAAAGAGAUAUACAAUUUUUCCCAGGAUGAUCUGAUGACAGAAGAUAUAUUCAUCUUGGAUUGUCACUCUGAAAUCUUUGUCUGGGUUGGCCAGGGAGUUGACCCCAAGAGCAGAAUGCAGUCUCUAACCAUUGGUGAGAAAUUUAUUGAGCAUGAUUUUCUUCUAGAAAAAUUAUCUCGGACCACUCCAAUGUUUAUCGUAAUGGAAGGUAGCGAGCCACCGUUCUUCACUUGUUUCUUCAAAUGGGAGGCUGCAAAAGCUGCAAUGCUUGGAAAUUCAUUUCAAAGGAAGCUUACAAUCUUGAGAAAUGGGGGUACACCACCAGUGGUUAAACCAAAACGAAGGCCAUCUUUACAAUAUGGGGAUAAGUGCCAGCGUUCCUCGCGCAGCAUGUCUGUUAGUCCUACUCCUGAACGUGUUCGUGUCAGGGGCCGGUCGCCAGCAUUUAACGCCAUAGCAUCCACUUUUGAGAAGCCUAAAGAUAGGAACCUUUCAACCCCACCUCCAAUUGUGAGAAAAGUGUAUCCAAAAUCAGGGACAGCAAACUUGAAUACUCUUUCUCUUGGUCUUGGAUCUAAGUCUUCAGCCAUAGCUCGGCUUACUUCUAGUUUUGAAAUGCCUUCAGCACGGGGAAAGUUGAUACCUCAGUCGCUUAGAGUGACUUCAAAUACACUCAAAUCAAACCCAGAAAGAAGUGAUAGUGAGGAUUCUAUGAGCAGCAGAUUAGAAUCUCUUACAGAGGAAGAUGCAAAAGAAGGUGAAGCUGACGAUGAUGAAGGACUCCCAGUUUAUCCGUAUGAUAGCGUUAACACAGCUUCUACCAAUCCAGUACCAGACAUUGAUGUGACUAAACGAGAGGCUUAUCUGUCAGCUACAGAGUUCAAAGAAAAACUUGGCAUGACAAAGACUGAAUUUUACAAGUUGCCGAAAUGGAAACAAAACAAACUCAAAGUGACCGUUCAAUUGUUCUGAGGUUUACAUUAUACUUUGCCUCGUGUUGAUUCAAUGCAGUUCAAGUU